UGAGCCUGCUGCGGCUGACGCGCGCUCACAUCCACUUGUUGCGUUCACGGCAGUUGUUGCUAUUUAAAGCGACCACAACAACAUGGCAAACGUCGCUUUGGCGAGAAGGGAAUCCGGCGACACGGAGAUGCACAAGUCCGACGACAACAGAAGAGCCUUCGUUUACACAAAGAAGAGGGGCUAUGAGGUUACCCGGAACCCUCACCUCAACAAAGGCAUGGCAUUCUCCCUGGAGGAACGUCUCCAGCUGGGGAUCCACGGCCUGCUACCUCCUUGCUUCAUUACUCAGGACGUCCAGCUGCUCCGAGUACUUAAGAACUAUGAAAUGAAGAAAGAUGAGUUGGAUAGAUAUGUGUUUUUGAUGGGGCUCCAGGAUCGCAGCGAGAAGCUCUUCUACCGUGUGCUUAUUUCAGACAUCGAAAGAUUUAUGCCCAUCAUUUACACCCCCACUGUUGGCCUCGCUUGCCAACAAUACGGCCUGAUAUUUAGAAGACCAAGGGGGCUAUUCAUCACAGUACAUGACCGUGGCCAUGUUGCAUCACUACUACGGAACUGGCCAGAGAAAGACAUCAGGGCUGUGUGCGUGACUGACGGUGAGAGGAUCUUGGGCUUGGGAGACCUUGGCUGUAAUGGGAUGGGAAUUCCAGUGGGCAAGCUGGCCCUCUACACAGCCUGUGGAGGCGUUCCCCCACAACAGUGCCUGCCUGUCCUGCUUGACGUGGGCACAGACAAUGAGGCACUGUUGCAGGAUCCACUGUACAUUGGGCUCAGGCACAAGAGGGUGCGAGGCCAGGCAUAUGAUGACCUGCUGGAUGAAUUUAUGAAAGCUGUGUCAGAAAGGUAUGGAACGGGCUGCCUGAUUCAGUUUGAAGACUUUGCAAAUGUUAACGCUUUCCGUCUGCUCAGCAAGUACAGAAACAUGUAUUGCACAUUCAACGAUGACAUCCAAGGCACUGCAGCAGUAGCGGUCGCUGGACUCUUGGCGGCCCUCCGCAUCACCAGGAGCAAAAUGUGUGACCACACAGUAGUGUUCCAAGGUGCAGGGGAGGCAGCAAUGGGGAUCGCUGAGCUGAUUACAAUGGCCAUGGAGAAAGAGGGACUUGCCAAGGAAGACAGUUUGAAGAAGAUCUGGAUGGUCGAUUCCAAGGGCCUCAUUGUCAAGGGCCGAGAUCACCUGACGCAUGAGAAGGAGAGGUUUGCUCACGAGCACCCACAGAUGAGGAACCUGGAGGAUGUGGUCCGUGAACUGAAACCCACAGCUCUCAUUGGUGUGGCAGCCGUAGCUGGCGCCUUCACAGAGCAGAUCAUCAGGGACAUGGCGUCCUUCAACGAACACCCGAUCAUCUUUGCUCUCAGCAACCCGACCAGCAAAGCCGAAUGCACCGCAGAGCAAUGUUACACAUUCACAGAGGGGAGGGGCAUCUUUGCGAGUGGCAGUCCCUUCGACCCUGUCACCUUACCUGAGGGGAGAACCUUGUACCCCGGUCAAGGAAACAACGCGUACAUCUUCCCUGGUGUGGGCCUUGGUGUCAUCGCCUGCGCCGUUCGACACAUCACUGAAGAUGUUUUUCUGACUGCCGCAAAGGCCCUCGCUGACCUAGUGACAGAAAAGGACUUGUCUGAGGGAAGACUGUAUCCACCUCUCAGCUCCAUGAGGGAGGUGUCUCUCAUGCUGGCAGUCAAGAUAAUAGAAUAUGCCUAUGAACACAACAUAGCCACACUUCGCCCAGAGCCCUCCGACAAAGAAGCCUAUGUGCGCUCGCUAGUUUUCACCACUGACUAUGAUGACUUUACUGCCGACUCGUACCGCUGGCCAGAGGACAGUAUGACUCUCCAGUCAUGCAAACUUUGACAUAAUGAGCUUCAGACGAGUUCAAGUAAACCACUGUCAUCCAAACAUAAGGACAGAGGACCUCUAUAGAAUGUAUUUUUACUCUGCUCUAUUAGUGUGAAUUUUAUGGUAACAACACUGGCAUAAAGGAACCAGUGGAUAUUUGAUGCACCUGGAAGACAUUUCAAGGUUGUUUUGGGCAUUACUUUCCCCACUAAGGUUCUGAUUAUAUAGAUUAUUUUAGUAAUCCAGUUAAAAUAAAAGGGGUCAGAUUAUUUUUUUUCCAGAGUGUCUUAAUUCUGAACCACAGACUUGUCACACUGCAGUGUGCAACCUCUAUCCAAAAAAUAUAUUUAAAACAAUUUUAAAAUGCACUGGUUUUGUGAGAUUGUUCUGUAUUAUGAUGACUGUAUUUGAAUGACUCCAUCUGGUAUGUGAAAAUAUUUUGAAUUAAAAUCGUUUUGAUUGUUGUUA